CCUAAAACAAGAGAAGACUAGUGCAUUUCUCCAUCUCCUCUCUCACUAACCUAGCAGCAAUGGCCGCCGCUGCCGCCGUUCGUCCUCUUGUUACUGUCCAACACUUGGAAUCCGAUAUGGCAGCCGACGGUGCUUCCAUUCCUUUACCUGAUGUAUUGAAGGCCCCGAUCCGUCCUGAUAUCGUCAAUUUCGUACAUUCAAACAUGUCGAAAAACAGCCGUCAAGCCUACGCUGUCUCCAGAAAGGCAGGACAUCAAACCUCUGCUGAAUCAUGGGGAACUGGACGUGCCGUUUCCCGUAUUCCUCGUGUCCCAGGUGGUGGUACUCAUCGUGCUGGUCAGGGAGCUUUCGGAAACAUGUGUCGUGGUGGACGUAUGUUUGCACCGACAAGGAUCUGGCGCCGCUGGCAUAGGAGGAUCAAUGUUAACCAGAAACGAUAUGCUGUCGUUUCAGCUCUAGCUGCUUCUGCUGUUCCUUCACUUGUCUUGGCUCGUGGUCAUCGAAUUGAAUCUGUUCCUGAGUUGCCGCUUGUUGUUUCUGAUUCGGUUGAAGGAAUUGAGAAGACUUCUGCUGCUAUCAAGGCUCUUAAGCAGAUCGGAGCUUUUCCUGAUGCUGAAAAGGCGAAAGAUAGUCAUGCUAUUCGUCAAGGAAAAGGUAAAAUGAGGAACCGUAGGUAUAUUUCUCGUAAAGGUCCUCUUAUUGUUUAUGGUACAGAAGGGUCAAAGCUGGUUAAGGCUUUUAGGAAUAUUCCUGGUGUUGAGAUUGCUAAUGUUGAAAGGUUGAACCUUUUGAAACUUGCCCCUGGUGGUCAUCUUGGUCGUUUCAUUAUCUGGACUCAAUCUGCUUUUGAGAAAUUGGAUUCGAUCUAUGGUUCGUUUGAUAAGUUGUCUGAGAAGAAGAAGGGUUAUGUUCUUCCAAGGUCUAAGAUGGUUAAUGCUGAUCUUGCUAGGAUCAUUAAUUCUGAUGAGGUUCAAUCUGUUGUUAAGCCAAUCAAGAAGGAAUUGAAGAAAGCUUCAAUCAAGAAGAACCCACUGAAGAAUUUGAACACUUUGUUGAAGCUGAAUCCUUAUGCCAAGACAGCCAGAAGGAUGUCUCUACUUGCUGAAUCCCAAAGGGUUGAUGCCAAGAAACAGAAGCUUGAUAAGAAGAGGAAGCAAAUCCCCAAGGAGGAGGCAGAGAAGAUUAAAGCUGCAGGAAAGGGAUGGUAUCAAACUAUGAUUUCAGACAGUGAUUAUGCAGAGUUUGAUAACUUCACCAAAUGGCUUGGAGUUUCUCAGUGAUUCCAUUAUUACUUUCAGAUACUCUCUCUUGUUUACUUUGUUCUUUCUUUUUCAUGUGUUGGAUUAUUGUUUGUUCUCUUUUGUUCGAUUUUCGAACAUAAUAUUAUGCAGUAGCAGGAUAGUUAUGGGUUUAUCAACAAUUGUGGCUUUGCUUUUGUUUAUGGUUCUUUUGGACCUUUAUUUUCAUUUUAAUAGAACUUGAGUUGGCUAUUUUGAA